GCAAGUUUCGCUUAAUUCCCUCUAUUGCCCGUCAUGUCAGUAAGCCAAAAGGGACUGCAAGACCUCCUAAAUCUACUCCUUCCAGACCGAAUAAGUGGACACACGCUGGAAAGUAUAUCAAGUCUGGCACAGAAACAAUUCUCAAAGGCCGAGUAUUUCAAGAUUUGUCGUAUACUGGUCAGUUUCUUCACCCAUACAACUGGGUUUCUUCUCUUUAGGUGUUUCUUCUCAGCCAUGACUUCCUCUAUGACGCAUUGUCCCGUUUUGUUGCACUGUAUCUAAUUUGGGACAUGUGCAGAUCAGAGGCCUGCGGCUUCAAUCCGUUCACAGACUUUUUUGUACAGUACCUGAAAACGGAUGCUAAGGGAAAGAUGCCUUUUUCUGCGUUAUACGUUCUUCACUCCAUUUUUUCGCAACCGCAGCAGUUGCACGAGUUUUCCAAGUACACCCUUCUACAGAUCCUGAGUUUACCCGUAAACAUCAAUGACCAAAAUCUGGAUUGGGAUUUCAUGCAAUCUGAACCUCAGUCAACUGAUGCCCGAUUGCCUCCAAUCGCCGCGUGUGGUGUUUCCUGCGUCGUUUCGGAUAAAGACGUACCCUCAUCCAAUGGUUCUUGGCCGGAUGUAUCCUCACAAAACCAUCAACAAUGUCUGGAAUUGCUACUGUCACAGGAGGAGCCAGUCGUAUUGGAGGCAAAUCUGAGGCCGGAAUUUAUGCGCGUCGCCCCUCCUUUACUUCCUUGUCCUCAAGGAACGGGAGCUCAACAUGUUACGAUCAAUCGAAGUUCACAGGAGUCAGACACGGAUAGGACAAUUUGCGCUGAGACAUCUUUUUCCACGCCUAUUUCCGACUGGCACGAAGAGCUCAUUUGGCUUAAUCCUCUUACGGUGCGCCAUGAUUUCCACUGGGAUGCCAGUGCAGAACAGGCAACUCCUACAGCGGAGCUACGGUAUCUCAUCACGAAGGCACUCUCUUCUGGGUUAUCGCAAUCCGAACAACAUACCGUCCUUCAGGUUCUCUCUGAGAACCCGGAUUUGGUUCAUAAUUUGGGCAUUUCUCCAGACAACUUAUCAGCUUUGGUUAAUCGAAGUCCCGUAAUUGCAAUCGAAGUGUUGAGCGUGUUGGUAAACUCUCCUCAGAAAGACGAAUAUUACAACGCUUUAGUUUCCAUGGAGGUCACGGUCGAUUCCCUGGAGAUCGUAAACAGACUUGCUUCCAGGGUUGAAUUACCCAAAGACUUCAUCCAUGCAUACAUAUCAAAGUGCAUGGGCUAUUGUGAAUCACUGCAAGACAAGUCUUCACAGUCGCGUCACGUUCGUUUAGUCUGCGUCCUAAUUCAAUCCUUCAUUCGGAAUAAAAUUCUAGAUAUCCGCAACGAGAAUAUACUUAUCGAGGUUCAAGUGUUUUGUGUGGAAUUCAGCAAAGUGGCAGGCGCAAGUCAGCUGUAUCGGUUGAUCAAAAACAUGGAAUCCAGCUCCGCGGGCACUUCACAAAGUACCCCGGAUAAUGUAACAAACAAAUAAAUUUCCCAAAUCCUUUUCAAAUGAUUGUUUUGUAUUAAUCCACGCGUUUCCCCCGACUAGGGUGAAAUCUCU